AUGAAUAGUUCCACACUGGAACAAUUUAUUAACAAAACUGUGAAUGUUUUAACAGUCGAUAACAAAGUAUAUAUUGGUAAUUUGGUAGGAUUUGAUCAGCUAACUAACAUAGUAUUGCAAAAUUGUUCUGAAAAGAUAUAUAAUAAAGAUCUUAACAAAGUGGAAAUAAUAAGUAUGGAGUCUCUUGUUUUACGUGGUGAUUGUAUUGGAAUGGUAGGAGAAGGAUCUGAAGAUUUAAUCCAAAACUUUGAGAAUGGUCAACAAAGAUAUAAGAGGCAGAAGAUUUCGGAUUGA